AUGAAGCACCAUUUAAUGAUUGGCACCUGGACUCCCCCAGGAAAUAUAUACACCGUGGAAUUUGACGACGAUUGCCUGACUCUCAAGCUGGUCAAGAAAACCGCCAUCCCCGAGGAUGAGCCUAUCUCGUGGAUGACUUUUGACCACACGAAAAGGAAUAUCUACGGGGCGUCGAUGAAGAAGUGGUCGUCUCACUCCGUAAAAGGACCCUUAGAUAUCAGUCACAGUGUUUCGCACCCCUUAGCUGGUCACCCUCUAGCUCCCAACGCCGAUACAAACACCAGAGCCAUUUUCGUCCUCGCAGCAAAGAAACCUCCCUACAAUGUGUAUGGAAAUCCCUUUUACAACUACGCGGGCUAUGGAAACGUCUUCUCCGUCACCACGGACGGCCAACUCGAUAAAAAUAUUCAAAACUACGAAUAUGACCCCCACUCCAGCGUGCACGGUAUGGUGUUCGACCCCGCAGAGACCUACCUCUAUUCUGCAGACAUGGGUGCAAAUAAGAUAUGGACGCAUCAAAAGGAUCCGGAAACCGGAACACUUACUCUAGUCGACAGCCUUGAGGCCCCAGGAACCGCCGACCACCCGCGCUGGGUCGAGAUACACCCCAGUGGUAAAUACUUGUAUGUGCUAAUGGAGGCUGGAAACCGACUGGCGGAAUAUGUCAUCAAUGAGAAGACACAUACGCCAGUAUUUACGCAUAAGAUAUACCCGCUGAUCCCUCCAGGCGUCGAUCCAUCCAAGAAAUACCGCUCAGACGUCGUAUUCACCAACCACAGCGGCUCGCACCUCUUCGCAACCGCCCGCUCCAACCACUUCGACGUCACGGGAUACAUCAGCGCAUUCCGCCUGGGUGCUGCAGGUAAUAUUCAGAAACAGCUAUUCAUCAACCCGACACCGACGAGCGGCGGCCACUCGAAUGCCGUCAGCCCCUGCGAUUUCAGCGACGAGUGGCUGGCGCUAACGGACGACCAGGAAGGGUGGGUGGAGGUCUAUCGCUGGCGCGGUGAGCUUCUGGCACGUGUUGCACAUUUGGAUGUGCGGGAGCCGGGGUUUGGGAUGAAUGCGAUUUGGUAUGAUUGA